UGAUUAAAAAAUAAGGUUUACGAGAAUAACGGAAAUGAUCAGCAAGUAAAGUAGCUCUAGACUUCUAACAAGAUUCACCGAUGCUAUUAUUACGUGUACCAUGCAUCGGACUGUUUAAAAAACAGAAUGGAGAAUAUGCACACUGAUGUAAGGGCGUAAAGGAUUUAUGUACGUGAAGAUAACAGUAUAGCAGAGUGGAUCAAUUUGUUUCUUGGUGGUACCUUUUUAAUUGCAAAGAUAUAUAUAAAUGUUGUUGAUAUUGUUGUCAAUAUUUGUUGUUUUUGUAGUCAUUUUGUUGUUUUAAAGAAGUCUUGUAAGGUAAACACUGUGGUUUAGGGAUGGAAUAUCUUAUACAUCGAUAAAAACUGAUGUGAGAUUUUACUAUUGUUUUUGGAUUUAAAUUUAAUUAAAGUGAGCAUCCAAAGACCACCCACUGCAGCCCAGCAUGGUGUUUUCACUGCCAGUUCCAGAGGGCCACCACCUCAGGCUGGAAUGAAACCUUGUCCAUUCAGUGCCAAGGCUAAAAUAACUACAGAGAGAGUUGGUGAGAAGACAAAUGUAAGGCAGAGAUCAGGCCUUCCGUGGAGGCCAUUUUCUGGACAUGCUACAUUGAGCAGACCAGUUCCCUUAGAGAACAAAGAAUCUGACAGUGGUACAGUUAAAAUGAAAGACGAACUGAGCUGUGAUUCUGAUGUUGUCCCCUCAGUGUACAAAGACAGGUGUUUGCCCAAGAACAUUACAAUUCUACAAGAGUGGCUGACAGAAGAUGUGCCAAAUAACUGGCCAACACAACUUACACCCAAACACAGCUUUGUAUUCCUGCCAUGCAUGCAGUCAGAGGAGUGUGUGUGGGAUAAGCUACCUGCUGUACCACCUACUCAGCACGGUGNCGGAGAAAAUCUGUCUUGGUCACCCAUGGUGGGAGGAGGUGCUGGGGAUAGAUUAGCAUCCCAUCUAGGAGAAAUGCAAGCCCUCAAAACCAAGAUUCCAGUCAUUUGUUGA